AUGGCAACUGGAGACACGGCGCCCGCGCCGCUUGCAAUCCCUCCCCCGCCAAUCGAACCGCUCUCUGACGACGACGGUUCAAGUCCGCUAAGUGAUGUUGAGGACAAAGACGGCGACCCAGAUGACCUGCAUAAUCUCAAUGAUGCCACCCCCAACAACCGCGACGAAGAAGCCAGCUCUGUCGACGACCUUUCUGACGCGAAUGACACCGAAGCCGAGACCGAACGCCUCUACGACACGCCUCGAAAUCCCAUCCGCCAUACAGACGUCAUUCUAGAUCAGCCAGCCGGCAUUCAACCUUUUGCGCGUACCCCGACUAGACUCCGACGACAUAAUAGAAGGGCAAAAGAAGCCAAGGAUGAUGAUGACGGGCACUUCUCCGAGGAAGAUUUUUCGAUAGCUUCUAGCCCCCCCGCGCGAGAGAGAAAGACAGCGAAAAAGCGCCAAUCACCCGUGUUAGACAUCCUAGUCGAAGCAGCGACCCAAGACAACGAAAGCCGAAAAAGAAAACGAGCCUCUAUGCCUGUCGAAAAGCCAGAGCCCACGCAGCUACCACAAAAGCGCACCGGCUCUGUUCCUGCACCCAAACGGCAAGACUUGGACGGCGACACGUCGAUGGUUGAUGAGGAAGAGGCUUCAUUACCCACCAAUAGCGGUGAACAUUCGGCCGACGAAACCAUCAAUCCCACAGUUGGCGAAGACGAGCAUGUUCAAGGGACCCCUUCAGAUCAUAAGGUCAUACCGAAGAAGCAAACGCGCAGCGGCUCGAAAAAGCUCAAAGCUGCAGAACAGCCCGCGGAGACCGACGAGCCCACAGAAGAGGGUAGGGGUGCAACACUGCCUCGAGGCGAUGGUAACAAUGCUGGCGAAUAUGAACAAGCCGAGGCCGACAUAGAAGAGGCAGAAAUAGCCCAUAGAAAUGAAGAAGAACUCGAGAGGAAGAAGGCCGCUUUCGAGCAGUUGGCAGCAAUCGAGAAACGGUUCACAACUUUCCGAGACAGAUUAUACGAGGAGCGUCUUGAGCAAUUGAACCGAGAAGAGGCAAUGUUACGAUCCGACAACCCAACCCAUCCCGAGUACCUAGCUAUGAUGCAGUGUAUAGACGCGCGAAGAGACGAACGAAUCCGCGUAGCAAAUAGAGAACUAGAGCUCGGUACAGAAUCUCUGGAGAGAUGGGCUGUAGCUAGACGGGCGCAGGUUCAUUCGCAAUACUUCCAGUCGGUUAGAGAGUCGAGAGAGACGAUUCUGGCAGAGUUAGGCCAGCAGUGGUACGACAUUCAGCACGAGCGUCGUAAGCAAGCCAACAAUGUACCCGAAUUUGGACUCCGAUUCCCUUCAGACCCGACACAGCGUACCAGAAAUGCGCUAGCGUAUAAUAAGGAGGUUUCCAUUCUGUCCGGUGUCGCCAAGUACGAAGGGAUGCCUGCUGCGCCAGAGAUGAAAGGGGCGACCAUGCAGGAUUUGGAGGAUGAUUUCGAGGCUAUGAACAGGAAUCGACAACCGCAGCCUCGACAUUCAGUACAUAGACCCAACUACGUAGAUUAUGGGGGCCUCCCGUUUGGUCAAAGCCUUGGUCCUGCAGGAGAGCAGUUUAUCGAGCAGACCCCAUGGGCAAAUCCCAACCACCCUUCAAAUGCUCAUCUUCUCCAGCGACAACAUUCAGGCCAGCACGAGCCUCAUGCACCGUCUGGAUCUAAACGACAUUCCCACCAGCCGCACCCCUUUUCUAGUGGGCCAACUUCCAACCCCUCUAACGGCCCUACGAAGGCACACAAAAAUACACCAAGACAACCAUCCAACUCUCCCGAAGUUGCAAGAGCUGCAGCUAGUUUAUUAGAGCAUACUAAAGCGCGUAGUAUGAAGGCAGUAGAAACGUCGGCGCAACGUGAAAGCAGCCAGCCAGUCGGCGGCUUUUAA